AUGCAAGUCACUUUGAAAUUUUUGACCCUCUGCCGAACCAAUCUUAUUCGCCUCCGCAAAGUCAAAAGUCCCACAGUCACAGCCUCUGCUGACCCGACUGCAGAAACACUUGAGAGCUGCAAGAGAGAAAAAUAUCUCCACUUGAGGAAGUUGACAGUCUACAUUUGUGGGGAGUUUGGUGGAGGCAUCAUCAUGAUCAUGGGAUAUGGUAAAAGCAAUUGUGAAGUUGGUGGCGGCAACAUCAUCAUAGGAUAUUGUAAGGCAUGUUUGGAGGGUAGAGUGGCAUGUGCAAAGGUCCUGACAGCGUAUUUGGAGGGUAGAGUGGUGCAUUUGGAGGGUAGUGUAUGGGUGGAUAUAAAUGGGAAGGUCCUGGCAUGUUCGGAGGAUACAAUAGGGGUGCCGGUGCUGGUGCUGAUGGGUGUGGAGAGUCGGUGGUUCAAUGAUUGGCUCUCUUCUUCUGAGUGGCUCUGGGUGUAUUUCUACACUAAUCAAAUAUCGGUAAUUCAUUUGAAGACCAUGGCACAAAUUUCUGAAAUGUUUGUUGCUGCCUGCAUUAUGGAUGGAAUAAGUAUUGACACAAUUGGAGUUGAUGCAAUUGUGCUGUAUAUUUGCUAUGCAUAUUAUGUCCUAGAGUUCAUAUAUUGA